AGAAUUUUAUUUUCAACGCGAGCCAGCUGUAUAAGGAAAUAGAAAAUGGUGUAUUGACGUGGCUGUCAUAUUGCAACAGCCCACUUCAAGAACGCCAUGCAUCAUGAUUGCGGAGUAUUUGCUGCUGGGAAGUGUUCCUCUCUUGCUUGGGCUACUUGUCAGCGCAAUGUGUCUAUAUUGCCGAAAACGCCGGAAGUCCAUGUGAGUUUCUUCUGGUUUUCAAAUAGCGAAAAUGUUGGAAGUUUUGAAAGGCCGUCAGUUUCAGACGAAACAGAGCACAUUGUCCCUAACAUUGUGCUCCCACCUACAAGUCCACGAGAGAAACAAGUCAUCCACAUCCUCCGCAUCCACUUUGUUAGUCUCAACAGCUGACCAGAUCACAGCAUGUCCUGCUUCUCCUCCCGCCUGCCGAUCACCUGGCGCCACCUUCAACGACAGCGACUUCGACGACGACCAAAAUCCCAGCAACAAUGACUGUGCUCUGUAUGUCGAAUCGUAUCCUUUGUGUCGACCUGAUCCAUCGACCCAGUUCCUAAUGGACUCCUGCGGGGGGGAUUCGGUUGUAGAUGCGCCUCCGUCUUCCUUAGUGGACUGCGAUGAGGAUGGCUCUGAUGAGGACCCUUAUGACUACCCACUGUAUAACAUUCCUGGUUUCUUAAAGAAAUCAACAAACGGAGCCAGCUGCAGUAGCAGGUUAAUCCAGCCUACCUUGAAGAUGGUAGAUGUUACUGUCCAUCCCGAACCCACGCCCUGGAAGAAAGACAGAUCCGCCACAAUACACACAGAGUGUCCAAGUUCCACCAUCUCACCAAUUGGUGAUGAACUGAACGAUGAGGUCAAGGAUGAGAAUGUUUAUCAAGAACUGGGCGCUGUUGAUACAGAUUCAGAUGUAUAUGCAAACGGAACUUUGCUAUCCAAUGUCGAAAAAGCAAGAACAGGUGAAAGGUCAAAAUGGAACCAAGAAGAAAAUUACGAAGCCGCCUCGAAAUGUGUCAGCGAGUCAGACGUUGCCAACAAAGGGUCCGCCUCCCUGUACAGGACCUGAGUACGUCAACUUUAAGGGACGUAUGCGAAGCUCGAAGCCUCCUUCUGAUGACCAAUAAGAACAAAACUAUCCCCGACUAUAAAACAUUUUCUUUGUCAAGGUUAAAAAAUGUACAGAUGGUGACUGCACCAAGGUAACAGUUGUCUAAGUCUAAUGCUGCUAUUUUUAAAUAUAUACUGAGAGAAACAAAUAAAGGAUCACAGCGUUCCUUUAUUAUUUUCCACUUUACAUCACCACAGCCCUAUUCA